AUGGAGGGUUCCUCAAGCAGUGUUAAUGGUCCGAGCAACACUCACUUGCAUAAGAAGCAACGAACAGAGGAUAAAACACGUCAGGCCAUGUUGGAUUUUGAUGUUCUUGAUUGUCCUGUUUGCUGCGAGCCACUCACUAUUCCUAUCUUCCAGUGUGACAAUGGUCAUUUGGCUUGCUCUUCUUGCUGUCCUAAACUGAGUAACAAAUGUCCUGCAUGUGCUUUGCCUAUUGGCCGCAUACGUUGUAGAGCAAUGGAGAGAGUUCUUGAAUCGAUCUUGAUCCCAUGCCCAAACGCCACGUUCGGUUGCACCAAGAAUGUCUCUUAUGGGAAAGAAUCAACUCAUGAGAAAGAAUGCAUCUUCUCACCUUGCUCAUGCCCUGUCCAAGAAUGCAAUUACAAUGGCAUAUACAAGGAUCUCUAUGCUCACUAUAAUUCAGCUUCCCACCCGAUUGGAUACAUCUUUCAUAUCAUCAAACCUGACUUUUGUUAUAGUGUCCGGAUGAAAAUCAGUAAUAAGAUAUUAAUUUUGAUGGAAUCCAUGAAGAGACUAUUGUUUGCAGUGCAGUGUCUUAGGGAACCAUACGGUGUGUAUGUAACUCUAAGCUGCAUUGCACCAACUGCUCCAGAAGUAGCAAAGUUCUCAUAUCGUAUCUAUUAUACUGUGGAUGAACACACCUUGAUUUACAGAUCACCUGAAGUGAAGAGGAUUCUUGAAGUGAGUUUUCAAACCCCUCAAGAGAAUUUCAUGUUGAUCCCUAACAGUUUAUUGCGUGGUGAAUUUUUGGAGAUGAAGCUUUUUAUCAAGGAGUUGAAGCUAGAGUAA